GUAAAUGUCAAAUUCCUCAAGGUCUGUCUUUUAUUUUCGCAAACUCGUAUAGAGCUAUGCGAAUACGAAUUAAAAACACAAUUACUGGGAAUCUAAUGAAAUAAAAGCAGUAAUUGUGAUAAAUUUAAAUAAAUAUAAUAAUUUAUCAUGAAGAUUUGGACAUCAGAACACACCUUCAACCAUCCGUGGGAAACUGUAGCGCAAGCAGCAUGGCGCAAGUAUCCCAAUCCUAUGAACCCGGCCGUCAUAGGAACUGAUGUAGUAGAAAGGACCGUGGUGAAUGGAGUACUAGUCACACACAGGCUGGUCAGCUCUAAAUGGUUUUUCCCAAAAUGGGCUCAAGCACUCAUUGGAUCAGCAAAAAUAUGCUACGCCACAGAAAAGUCAGAAGUGAACCCAAACCAAAGGCAGAUGACAUUGCAAACGAGAAAUUUAACAUUCUGCCAUUACAUUGCUGUAGAUGAAACUGUCAGAUACACUCCACACCCCAAAGACCCGGCCAAAACUCUUCUCACUCAAGAAGCUGUUGUUACAGUACAGGGUGUACCACUCAGCAGUUACAUGGAAGACUUACUGGCAAAUAAAAUAUCUUUGAAUGCUGGUAAAGGAAGACAGGCCAUAGAAUGGGUCAUAGGAAAAUUCGAUAGUGAAAUCAAAGAACUUGCUAAUUCCGCUUGCAAAAGCACAGAUGAGCUUCUAACGCAUACAAAGAAGUCAUUAGACGACAUUACCACCACGGCCAGAAGAUCCAUGGACGAUAUAUCCUCAAAAGCAAAGCGAUCCCUUGAUGACAUAGAAAAGUUUGCCAAGGCAAAUGCCAAUCAACGGAGCUGAAAGGAGGACUGAUGACCUAGUACAAUGGACAAUGUGCAAUUUAAUAGAUGCACCAUGUUGGCUUUAUUCUAUAAUAAUUUAAAGACCAUUAAAUUCUCAUUUUCUUGGGGGUGGUCUAGAAAAUUCAUAUAACAAUAACUUGAUGAAUACAGUCAAUAGACAAGAAAGCUAAUUUGUGGAUUAUUGUGAAAACAGUGAAGUGUUUGUGAUCUUAUGUUAAAGUUAUUAUUAUUGACUAUACAGUCUUUAGCCACCUCUCAAGGCAUCACAUUUUUGUAGAUCAUUAAAUCAUAAUAAUAAUUGUCAUUGAAUGUAAAUAUUUGUUGUGUACUACAGCUUUGAGAUUAUUAACACCUGACCACACACAUGAGUUACGUGAUAAAGGUAUUAUUUCAAGCACAAAACACUGGUUUGAGCUUGGAAACUCUCCUUUGUGUUCUGUGGCUAUGAAAAUGGAGCCAAGAUAGAUUUGGCCCUCCAUGAAACAUUGCUGUAGAACACAACAAUUAGCUUGAUGUAACUGCUGAUGUUGUAGAUAUCAUUCACUAGAAAUUCUAUUUAUUUUUAUGUUGUGUUAUGGAUAGGAAUUUAACCAUUGUGUAAUAUAAAAUAAUAAAUGUUAUUGCAGGAAUUGUCUAUAAUAAUAAAAUAAUAUGGCUGGA